AUGCUCUCUGUGGUUUCUGGCCAUCAUCUCUGGUGGAGUGGGCUUCAGCGGGGACUGUGGCUCAGUUGCCGGGUACCAACAGGGCAGUGCCUUCAGCGUGCGCACACACGGGUUGGAGACCGUGCCGAGCUCAGCAGAGCCUUCACACAGCAGGACGUGGCUACUUUCUCAGAGCUAACAGGAGACACCAAUCCUUUGCACAUAAGUGAAGAUUAUGCCAAGCACACCAAGUUUGGAAAGACAGUUGUGCAUGGAGUUUUGAUAAGCGGACUUAUUUCUGCUCUCCUGGGCACUAAAAUGCCAGGGCCAGGCUGCGUGUUUCUCUCCCAGGAAAUCAGGUUCCCCGCCCCCCUGUACCCUGGAGAAGUGGUUCUAGCAUCGGCAGAGGUGAAAAGGCUGAAGCAGUCUGUUGCUGUUGUCCAAGUGUCCUGCCGUGUGACAGAGAGUAAGAAGACAGUUAUGGAAGGCUGGGUUAAAGUUACGGUCCCGGACACUCCUGAUGCUGAAACACAACUUUAAAGUUGUGCGUUCAAACUCCUGUGUUCUUGUUACCACGACAUCUGGGGAAGUGGGCUGCUGUUCUCAUGAAGGAAUGUCCGGUGUACCUGGAAGCCACAGGAUGGGGAGCAAGCAGACAGUUUGCCCCAGUGUCUGCUUUCCCGAUUGGCUUUAUGCUUUCCCCGACUUAAGUGUGUACACGUUUUCAUCAUCUGCGGAGGUUGGGUUGUUUUUCAAUUAUAAACAAUUGAGAGCGGCAGGAGGAUCGGCUCAUCGGUUAAGAUCACUGACUGCUCUUCCAGAGGAUCUGGGUUUAAUUCCUAACACCCAGGGGUCCGACAGUGUCUUCUGGCCUCGGCAGAGACUACGUGUACAUAGUGCACGUACACACAUGCAGGCAAAACAGUCACCCAGAUAGAACAAUAAUAAAAUAAAGUGUUAAAUAUUUUUUUAAAAAUGA